GCCUCCGGCCCCGCUUCGUAUGCGAGGUUUCCUUCGGAUUCGCUGGAAAAAGUGGCUGUGACCCGAGAGAGACUUAGAGCAAGGUAAUUCUCUAACGGACCAAUGAAAGCCAACGAUGACAAGUUGUGGUCAACAGUCCUUGAAUGUGCUGAUGGUUCUGCUUUCAUUACUCUUGUCAGCAGUGUUGUCUGCACAUUUUCGGGUCUGUGAGCCAUAUACGGACUACAAAGGUCGCUACCACUUUGGUUUUCACUGCCCCCGUCUUUCUGACAAUAAAUCUUACAUCUUUUGCUGUCACCAUAACAACACAGUAUUUAAAUACUGCUGCAAUGAGACAGAAUUUCAGACUGUUAUGCAGAUGAACUUAACAGGGAACGCAGAUGGAUAUAUGCAUAACAACUACAGUGCACUGUUAGGAGUGUGGAUCUAUGGCUUUUUUGUGGUGAUCUUGCUGAUACUGGACCUUUUAUAUUAUUCUUCAAUGAACUAUGACAUUUGCAAAUUUUACCUGGCAAGGUGGGGUAUCCAGGGAAAGUGGAUGACACAGGGACAGAGCCGAUGGAUUAACCCUGCUCAGGAUCCAAGCCAAGUACAGACACAGCCUCAGCCAGAGACACAGCCUCAAACUCAGACACAGCCUCAAACAUCACAGACAGUGCAUACUUUAAAAGGAGAUGCUUUAAGCCCACCCCUGAUGACUUUUCAGAGUACAUCUGCCUGAAAAUGAUAUUGAUGUGCCUCAAGAUGGGAGAGGUAAGACCAGACUUCAAGGAGCAGCUUUUAAGAAAAUCAACUAAAUGACAAGAGCUGAAAAAAGCUGAAAAACGCAGGAAAGAGAAAGACUACAGGAAAAAGACUGAGCAAGUCCCCUCAAAAGAAACACCAGGCAGACAGCUUCCAUAGGCAAACAAUAUAGAAAGAGUUUCCAGAAGAAAGCAGUCUGUAAGCAAUACUCUAAUUCUAGACUGACAAUAUUGUCUCUGAAAGAAAGCAUCAUAUUUGACGAAAUGCUCAAUAGCAAAAAGGAAAUAAGUUGCUCUGGCAAAUCCACACAAAGGUGGGAAAAGAUCACUAGACAAACCUUUGGUAGACAACAUUUCUUUGCCUCCCCAUCCAUCUAUUGCCAUUUGAGCCUGAUCUAAGUGUCAGAAUACUGAAUGUGAGUUUUUCCAGAGUUCUCUGGUGAAAUUUUUGUCCCAGUAGGGUAGAUGCUGGCAAUCCUCAUCACUGUUAACCAUACUGCCAUCUGCAUUACAAGGUAGAGUGAAUCCCUUUUAUCGAGUCAAACUGCAUUAUAUCCACCAUUUUGACUUUAAUACACAUUUGAAGAUAAUUGGCAAUUAUUCUGCUAAGACAUCAAAUAUCUGAGCAAAUAUU